AUGUGUGCAAACGUGCAAAGUAAACAUCAAGGUGACCUUGAAUUUGUGAAAACAAAUAGCAACAAUGUUAUUGAUAACACUCGUGUUAAAACUAAUGCUAAAGCUGAGUACCUAAUAAAGAGACGCAGAGAACAAAGAGAAGGGCAAAUAGACUCAUAUCGAGAGAUUGAAGAUAUUGGUGACGAAGCUGUAAGCAAGCAAGCAUUGAUGGCGUUACUCCAAUCACUUACCGCACAAAUCAAUGAACUAAAGAGCAUAAUAUUACAACUUAACUCUGAAAAAGCAAUUCUCAAAGAGGAGAAUGAACAACUAAAGAAAAAUCCAAAUAAAAACAAUGAAGAUCACCAUACUUCUAUGUUAGAAGACGACACUACUGAAAUUGAAAUGGAAGAAAAUUUCUCCGCUCCUCAAAGAGAAGAGAGCAAUAAAACUUCGGAAAUUCCUCCAAAAACAAUGCCUAAACAGACAAAAUCAAUACCAAAACAUUUCGAAAAAUUAAAACCAAUGGUACCCUCGCAAUGUAAGAACUGCCAACGAUUUACACAUGUUGCAAGUAAUUGUUAUCUGCCAUACCGCUGUGUCAAAUGUAUUGAUACUCAUGGCCCUGGUGAAUGUAAAAUACCCCAAAAAGAAAAUAACAACAAAGAGCAUGUAUAUACCGAUAGUGAAACAGGCCAAUUAAUUAAAAAAAUAGGUAUCCCUGUAAGUGCUGGAAUAAGCUUUGACGAAGAAAAUGGAUACGUGAAUUGCUUGAAAACACAUGAAUUUGAAUCGGAUCAUAGUGCUGUCGAAUUGAUGCUAGAAUCGGAACAUAAUGUACUCGAUUGCCAGCCAACCGAAUAUUUCAAUUAUGAUAAAACUGAUUUUAAAAUGUUUAAUAACGUUCUUUUAGCCAAUAUUAGUACGAACUACCUACCAACUAACUGCAAUGUAUCGAGAAAAGAGAUUGACGAUUGUGUUGUUAAUCUCAGUAAAGCAGUUAACUCAGCUCUUAACUCAGGGGCGAUACCAAAAGUUAAGGUGCGCAACCGUGGUCUAAUAAGCCUUCCUACAGAAAUACUUGAUCUAAUAUCCGAAAAGAAACGUUUACGCCGCACCGUCUCAAGAUGUGUAGAUCCUCGGCGUAAAAACACUCUGACAGCUAUAAUUCGAAACCUUACUAAAAUAAUAGAAGAGCGUAUUCGUUUGCAUGAAGACAGAUAUUGGUCAAACUACUUUGCCAAAAUACGUAUGAACAACAAAACCUACAGCAAAAUUAAAGGACUGUGUGGAUUAAAAAAAACGUCGGAAAUCCCAGACUUGAUAAUUAAUCGGGAAAAUAUCGAUAUUGACCUUCCCUAUGUUGACCCAACAAGCAACAAUAAUAGUAGCGACAUUGUCUUAACCGAAAAUUUAUACAAAGUAAAUGCUCUAGCUUACGCGUUUGAGCAAGUACACCGUCAAAACCUACACCUCGGAGAGGAAAGCUUUUCAGACUUGAUUGAAAAUAAUGUGGCAGAAAUAACUCAGUCUAAUGAACCAAUAGUAUAUUUCUCAAACAAUGUAACAGCAGAUGGUGAGCUUAAUACGAACGAUUCUGAACAACAAUAUGAACUUGUAAGCGCUGAGAAAAUUGGUGCCGUCUUACGAUUAACGAAUAAUAAAAAGAGUUGUGGUGAUGACGGUAUCUCGAACUUCUUGCUUAAGAGAACAACUAACGAUUUCUGGAGAUUCUUAGCUAUUCUUUUCAACCACUCGCUAAAUAUAGGAUAUUUUUCCACCCAAUGGAAAACUGCAAAGAUAAUCUGUGUGCCAAAACCAAAUUCUAAUCCCAAUUCUGUUCUGGGUUACCGCCCAAUAUCCCUUCUUUCUAAUAUAAGUAAACUAUUAGAGCACUUUAUACUUGAAAAAGUUAAGCAACAUAUGGAGGAGCGAAAUAUUAUGAAAGAUUACCAAUUUGGCUUUCGCCCAUACCACUCUACGAAUCACGCAUUAACACUUCUAUCUGACUUUGUAUGCAGUAAUCUGAAUCGCCGACAAGCAACUAUACUAGUAAGUCUAGAUUUAGAAAAAGCAUUCGAUACUGCAUGGGUAGAAGGCAUUAUAUUUAAAAUGUAUAGAAUAUUUAACUUUGAUAAAAAUGUGUGCAAGAUGUUGCAUAGCUACUUAAAAGAUCGAACAUUUUAUGUAAGUGAAUCUCUACAUAAUUCUAGUAUAAGGGAUGUUGCCGCAGGCGUGCCCCAAGGUUCUUUACUGGGACCGAUAUUGUACAACAUAUUUCUAGCGGAUUUCCCUGACCCGCCAGUGGGUACUAUAAUCUGUAACUCUGAUAUAAAAGUUAUUAUAUACGCGGACGAUAUCCUUAUAUUGGGAUCUCACCCACGCAUAGCUAAAGCUAACGAAGCCAUCAACCUAUACCUGUAUGAACUUAAUAGACACUUUCAAAAAUGGAAAUUAAAAGUAAAUCUCGAUAAAAGCGAAACCGCCAUUAUCAAGGGAGUUAAAAAAAAUUUGCUUCCAAACGCUCGAAAGUAUGAGCCCCUAAUUAAAAUUAAUGGUAUAAAAAUAAGCAGCAAAGAACAAAUAAAAUAUUUAGGCAUAAUAUUGGACAGUAAAUUUACCUUUGUGAGACACAUAGAUUUUAUUUUGGGAAAAGCAAAAAAAAUGUUUUUCUGUUAUUCUAACUUAAUUAAAAGACAGAGUGGUCUCUCAAACUGCAUUAAAUUGAAUAUAUAUAAACAAAUAAUUAGGCCAAUAAUUUCUUAUGGUCAUCCUAUAUGGUUCAACAUUUCCUCAAGCCAAAUGGAACGACUCAGAAGAUUUGAGCGAUAUAUCUUACGACUUUGUAGCGGACUCAACCGCCAACCCUACAGAACAGGUACUUUUCGGAAGAGAGUAUCCAAUAAAGUUCUUUACAAAAAAUGCGGAAUAUCACGAAUAGAUUCCUUCCUAAUCAAAUCUUCAUAUCGAUUUGUUGAAAGAAUGGCAUACAUGCAAAAUGAAUUGAUUAAUAAAUACCUCUCAAAACAAACAGAAAUAUCUUUACCUAUAACAGAAAGAUACUUAUCUCCAAUAUAUUUAAAAAUAUUAAAAAAUAAUUUAAUGCUUCAUAAAAAUAAUAAAACAAUAUACUAUCAUAGGCGAUACAAAUCUUACAAUUUCAAUGAUGAUAAUCUAGUUUAUAAUACCGACCAAUUUAUAGUAGAGUAGCUUGUAGUUGCUUAACAUAGGUUUCUUAAACAUGUAUGUAUCAGUAUAUCUCCUUUUUAGCCCUUUUUGGGAGAAUAUUAAUAAGUUUUAAAAUAGAUCUUGCAAAACGCAAAUGUAA